UGUACGUGUCCGGCCCCCCAACUGUACCCGAUAUGUCUACUCCAGUUUCUCAGCUGGAUACGCAGUUUACAGACACACAGAACAAAACACCUACAACCUCAGUGGGUAAACAUGGUGACGGUGGCAAGAACAUGCCGACCAAUACAAACGUCACUCCUAAAGCAACACCACACAUGGAUCCUGACGCGCCGAUAUUUGAUGCGACUCCGCAAAUCAAGUCUACUGGCGGCGUACAACAAGUGGCAGAAACAGACUUGCCUGACAGUGGUCCAUGCUUUGAUCAGACUCCAUCUGAACAUGUUUAUGUUGAAACCGAUCCAGCUACAAACACUCCACAGGUUGGCCAGCCUUCUCUUGAUUCGGAGAUGCAAACUGUGUUAGCUCUACGCGAAUAUUUGUGUGGUCUGCAAUCUGACACCGUCAGGACCAUAAUAGAUUAUGGUGAAUAUUCAGCGACAUGUUCUGACAUACAUGAAUCUUUUGCCGAUGGGAAGUGUCUCGACAAUGGAUUCAUGCAGUGUUUCAUCCAAUGUGUUAUUGAUGAUGCAAAAAAUCAGCAGACUUCCAUGAGUUCGAACAGUUUGGUUCUUGAUGUUAAUGUUGGGUCAAUACUCAACUUUGAGGAACAGGAACGACACAGUCGCAACCCUCAACCUUUUGAUGAAUCUGUACUCCACACACUUCUAGACAAUUCAUUGCCUGAGACAGAUGAAUUGGACCAAUGCAAAGCGAUCAUGGUCCCCAUGGUAAGCAGGGGGCAUUGGACAUUGUAUGUUGUCAACAAGGUCAAGAAGUGCAUUCAUAUUUUAGAUUCCAACCCAUAUGGACCAACACUUGGUGGAACUACAUGGAAGGACUAUCAUUUUGCACAUUUGGGCUCAGGUGGCAGAAAGUUACCAUGGGCUAAGGUUAUUAUGAGCAGAUUAAACAAAGCAAUACAACAUGUACGACCCAGUACAUGCUUUCCCAAGUUUGGUAACUUCACAAUUGACUUGUGCCCAAAUUGUCCUAACAUGGCAGCUGGAUCAAAUGACUGUGGGUUUUAUGUCAUGGGUUACAUUCUAUUUUAUCAAUGCGACGAAGGAUCUUUGCGGUCAGACAUAGAAGCAGGCAACACCAGUGAGAUACGGUCUCUUGCGCUGCAUUACAUCACAUUCCACCCGAAGAACAAAGCAUUAUCGCUGCUCCAAGACAUCCAAAGAUUCAAGGUCUAA